UCCCCACAAUCCUUUGCGUCCCAUUCGGACUUGCUUGUUAUUCUGUUCAUUGCAGAAUUUAGCUGGCUAGCAAGGAAAGGUAACUAUGUAGCUAGCUAGCUACGUUGAUAAGAAUAAAAGUGCACAAUCACAUGUAACAUUUAUAAAGAAUUAAUAAGUGAAUUCGCUAUUGACGAAAUGAAAGAAACCACGAAACGGCGAGAAAAGCCCCGUGACUCCAAAGCCGAGAAAAAACCUGAGCCAGGCCCCGAGCCUCAGGAUGUGGAGAUGCCGGAGGAAGAUGCUGCAGCUGCGGGAAAGCCUCAUAAGGAGCUUGACACGCUCACCCUUGAUGGGGCCGUGCAUCAGGACGACUCAAGUGUGAUUAAAAGCAAAUCGUUUCAAUUAGUCAUAUCAGACAUUAAAGAACAUGUGAAGCAGAUUGAGAAGGCUGUGUCUGGGAAGGAGCCUCGCUUCGUGCUGCGGGCCCUGCGGGCCCUCCCCUCCACCAGCCGCAGGCUCAACCCCAACGUCCUGCACAAGGCUGUCUCCGGCUUCUACACCUCUAACGCUGCUGGAAAAGAGUUCCUGCUGGGCUUCCUGGAGGAGCCUAUGGACAUGGAGGGUGAUGUUCAGUUCCGGCCCAGGACAGGGAAGGCAGCUGCUGCACCCCUGCUGCCUGAGGUGGAGGCCUACCUACAGCUGCUCGUGGUGGUUUACCUCACAAACAACAAGCGCUACACGGAGGCUCAGAAGGUGUCUGAUGAGCUUCUCCAGAAGAUCAGCUCUCAGAACCGCAGAGCCCUGGACCUGGUGGCUGCCAAGUGCUACUACUACCACUCCCGCGUCUAUGAGUUCCUCAACCAGCUGGAUGCUGUUCGCAGCUUCCUUCACGCUCGUCUCCGCACCGCCACCCUGCGGCAUGACGCUGACGGCCAGGCCACCCUGCUCAACCUGCUGCUCCGCAACUACCUGCAGUUCAACCUUUACGACCAGGCCGAGAAGCUGGUGUCCAAGUCGGUCUUCCCUGAGCAGGCCAACAACAACGAGUGGGCUCGCUAUCUCUACUACACAGGUCGCAUCAAGGCCAUCCAGCUGGAGUACUCUGAGGCCAGGAGAACACUCACCAAUGCCCUGAGGAAGGCCCCCCAGCACACCGCCGUGGGCUUCAAACAGACGGUGCACAAGCUCCUCAUCGUGGUGGAGCUGCUGCUGGGAGAGAUUCCUGACCGGCUGCAGUUCCGCCAGCCCUCCCUCAAGAGGUCCCUCAUGCCCUACUUCCUGCUCACCCAGGCCGUGAGGACGGGAAAUCUCGCCAAAUUCAACCAGGCCCUGGACCAGUUUGGAGAGAAGUUCCAGACAGAUGGCACCUACACACUCAUCAUCCGCCUGAGACACAAUGUCAUCAAAACAGGUGUGCGCAUGAUUAGCCUGUCCUAUUCCCGCAUCUCUCUCGCUGACAUCGCUCAAAAGCUGCAACUGGACAGCCCCGAGGACGCAGAGUUCAUCGUUGCCAAGGCAAUCCGUGAUGGAGUGAUUGAGGCCAGCAUCAACCACGAGAAGGGUUACGUCCAGUCCAAAGAGACCAUGGACAUCUACGGCACCCGGGAGCCACAGCUGGCCUUCCAUCAGAGGAUAUCCUUCUGCCUGGACAUCCACAACAUGUCCGUCAAGGCAAUGAGAUUUCCGCCAAAAUCGUACAACAAGGACCUGGAGUCUGCAGAGGAGCGUCGGGAGAGGGAGCAGCAAGACCUGGAGUUCGCCAAGGAGAUGGCCGAGGAUGACGAUGAUAGUUUCCCAUGAUCCUGUGGAGUGAUAACAUGCACACCUUUUCUUGGCUUUUCAAUAAACACAUCUGUUUGUGCUGCUUACAGGUUGCCAGAGCAGUUCAGUUGAUCUUUGACUUGUUGGAAUUAGUGGUUUUCCGCUGCAACCUGUCAAUCCACUGUCAGCCUUCAAAGUGCCAGUUAGUCAUUGAUAGCAGAAUUGAACUUGUUUGUUUUGACUAUAAAGUCGCAUGUCAAAUUACAUUAUUAAACUACAACAACUCAAGAA